UUCCCAAACAACAGACCCAAGAUGGCGGAUGAGAGAGUGUGGCAUGUGUCUGAGCCGCGAGGACAGAAGUGGACUCGACUUCGAGCGGAAUUAAGGCAACAUGUGCGGAAACCCCGGGAACAAUUUACUGACUUUUUGAAGGCGUAAAUGAAAAAGAAAGAACGCAUAAAUGUGCAGUAACAGGACCAUAUUGACAGGACACGCGGCGGGGACAGGGACAGGACUACACAUGGCGCAUCUGCUGCAGUGUCAGCCUCAUGGUGGGACAGGAGAAGGCGUCUGCUGUCUGGUCUGCUCAAAGAAAUCUACAAUGCAGCUGUGUGCAAAGAAAAGUGACCACCUGAGAGCGGAAUCAGUGUCUUUAAGAGGAAAAGAAGACUGAUCAUGUCCUACAGCAGGAGAGGACCUCAUGACGCUGUAGACAUCUGCUGUGGACCUGGACAUGUCAUGGACAUCUGAGGCCUCUAGUCCUGAUGUGCUUCAGUCUUCACUACAGCACAGGAGAGAUCUGGACAGGAACCAAGAUAUCAGAUGCCUUGACAGCCAGAAACGUGUGAACAUGCUGCAGAGAGCACACUGGGGGCUUCUCCUGGACCGGCUGCUUUAUUUACUGAGCAGAAGAAACACACCAUGGACUGAACCCAGGACUGAACUAGGACUAAACCAGAACUGAACUAGUACUCACUGUCAGGAUGGGCUCGGAGAUGCGCCCGUGUAGACCGUCGGGUGACCACAGGAGAUAAAGAUAAUGAUAAGGAGGUAAGCGCAGCUGUCGCCCGAGCGCGCUUUAUGGAUACCUUGCUCCGUGUGCUCAGGGUUCUCUCUCUCUUAAGUCCAAGAUUAGUCCUUGUGUAGACCUGGUGGACCCAUGGGUAACCGACCCUGUGUGGGACUAUGCCUUGAAUGCAGCGCGCGUUGUUUACGUCAUUGUCUUGACUUUAGUUGACUUAUUUUGAAAGGGCAUCGGAAGUUUAUUUUGACACCCCGUGUUUAUUUCCUGUCUUUCCCCUGCUAAAAACCUUGGAGAUGCUCCUUUAGUUAAAAUGGAAAGCUAAACCUGCUGCUCGUGUGCUGUGCUGCUGCCCUAACUCGCUGUUGCACUUUGGUGUGAAUUGGGCAUUAUCCCUAAGCAUGAUUUUUUGAUUUUAUUUUUCUAUACUUUUUUUCAUUUAUCGUCAUGAAUCUGUCAAUGAAUAAUCAUCAUAAUUUUGAGCAAUUGCUGCCUAUUCUGAAAAAAGAGAAAUCAGUUGAACAGAAUAUUAAUUGUCGAUACAUUUCUUCAAACCUGGUCUCAUUCUAAACGGUUCUGUAUUACGCAAAAUUAACUCAUGCAAGCUUUUACCCAUGUUAGAAUGCUGCUACCUCCUCAGAAAUACCUGGAGUUGUGUUUUGUUUCAUUCACACAUGUUUGAGUAACCCUUUUUAUUAGUCUGUCUAGAUCAGACAUGUCAAACUCAGGCCCGGGGGCCAAAUUUGGCCCGCAGUAUAAUUAUAUUUGGCCCGUGAGAUCAUAUCAAAUAUGUAUUCAAGCUGUCUGCCAGCUACAGAUCGACUAUAGAGACAUUAUUUAUUUAAAUUGCUGUUAUCUUUUCAUUUUAUGCUUGUUCUGGAUUGUUUAUGUUUAAGCAAAAAUAUUAUUAAUAUGGAUGUUAAGCAAAACUAUUAUUAAACAUUUAUUUUAAUAAGAAAAGGUUUAACAUUACAUAUCUCAGAAGAAGAGAAAACAUGCUGAUGUGGAAAUGUUUUAAUAAAUAUUUAGUUUGGCCCACAACUUAGUCCUAAUUUUUAAUUUUGGCCCUCUGUGAAUUUGAGUUUGGCAUCCCUGGUCUAGAUCUUCAGCUCUGUGCAAUGUCCCCCUUGUCCUCUAUGUUUGUCAUAUUGUAGGGGGGAAGUAAGCUUACAUCAAAAAUAUAAUAUUGCUUUUAUUGCUUUGAUGUUACACUAUUAGGGAUGGGACAAGAUCCGGUGCCACAAGAUUUUGCAGACAUGAGGAAAAUUAUCUUGUGACAUGUUUUGAGAUAUGUUUACUAAUCGCUUGGGCAAUAAAAAGGGUUAACUGUAGCUGUAGUUCCAAAAAGAAGUGUACAAUGUGUGCAAAAAUAUUAAACGGAAUUUCACAAUGUAUAAAUUUUUAAUGCUGCCAAUAUGUCAUCUUGCCUUUGUCUCACCCCUACUGGCUAUGUUUAAAUACAAAUGUGACAAAUGAGAGCCUUAACCUUACUUGCAUGUGCAACUGUAUGUCUCUGAUUUGAUUAAUGCGAGAACAAAGCUGUGGAGAGGGGGCAGCUGAAAAUUCUUAAGUCUUGCAGGACAAACCAGGAUUACUCAAACAUGUGUGAAUCACUUGAAAAAAAAUACAGUGUGAGUAAGCAAAUGAUGAGGCAACACAUCACAGGUCAUACGUCAUCUUGAGGUUAAGGUUGGACAUUGAGACACUUACAUGUAUACUAAUGUCGUAUAGAUUUUAUGUGAUCUGUGGAGGGGGACCAAUGAUUAUCAUACUGAAAAGCUCCUGUAAACUCCAGUUAGCCAUAGAGACAUGGACCCGGUCAGACUGCUGAAGGAGCUCAAGGCCACCUAUGACCAGGAAGAGCUCUACCUGCCCAAAGAGGCGGGGCUUAACUUCAUUGAGGCCACUCAGGACAGCGCGGGGGUCUCAGCCAAAAGCAGGGACAGCAGAGUGGAGGACCUGCUGAGUCUGACCCGCUUCUUCGGUUACAGCACACAGACAUUCGUCCUGGCCGUGAACCUGCUGGACAGAUUCCUGGCCAUGAUCCGGGUACGACCCAAGCACCUGUCAUGUGUGAGCCUUGGCUGCCUGCACCUGGCGGCCAAAGCAUGCGAGCAGCAGUGUGACGUGACCCCGGGGGAGGAGCUUAUCCGCAUCAGCCAGUCGGGCUUCACCUCAUCCGACCUCAGUCGCAUGGAGGCCAUCAUCGUGGGCAAACUCCAGCUCCAGCGCCCUGCCGUGACCGCUGCCACCUUCCUCCAACUGUACCACCAAAUCGCCCUGGCACACUGCACGCACAGAAGAGACAUUUUGAGCCUGGAAAAGCUUGAGGCACAGCUCAAAGCCUGCCUGUGCCGGCUGUCCUUCUCCAGAGCCAAGCCCUCUGUCCUCGCUCUGUCCCUGCUCAUCCACGAGGUCCAAACCAUCCAAUCAGACGACAUGCUGGAAGUGGCCACUCAAAUCCAGAGACACCUCAAGAUCCGUGAGUCUGAGCUGGGGUGCUGGGGCGAGCGGGUGGCCCGGUGCCUGUCUGUGUACGCCUCUGCUCAGUGCACCAAACCAGACCACAGGAGGCUGCAGUGGGUCAUCUCCCGCCGCACCGCACACAACCUGCACUCCUCCCGCACUGUCCCAGAACUGCCCACCAUCCCCGAGAGCGCCUGGGACCACAGCAGUGAGGAUUCAGACACGCUCAGCUCUGGGGAGGAGUCUAUCUGCUCUGGUGAGGAGUCUCUGAGCUGAGAGGAGGGGCCUGUGAUGCAGCAUUUCUACGCUGACAAACUUGUUUUUUAUCUGCAAAGAACAGAAAUUUUCAAAAAAACACAGCGGAGCAUUUUCAUGUUCCUCUGAGCCUGUCACAGAAGUGAGGACUGUGCAUUGUUGUGAACAGAGGUGGGGAGAGGAGUUUAUUUCAAGUAAAAAAGAAAAAAAAAUCUUAGUGGGAUGUGUAGUCAAAUUGUACCAUAAAAAUACUGUUACCGUACACGUAAAAUGUAUUGUGUCAACUAUUCUUAAAAAUGCUUAAUAUGAAGACGGUUACUCACACUUGAUGUUAAUCCUCACCUCUAAACAAGAGAACAGUUUUAGUGCCUGAAAUGUGAAAUGGUAAAGAUAAGUGGUGCUUUGCUUGUGACAUCAGUGUUCACUGAGGAACUGGAAGAACACACUUUACAAUGUAGCAAAAUGAAUGUUUAAUGGCUCUUAUGCAAUGACAAAGUAAUGUAUAUAAAAACUGUAAAAAAGUGUAAAACUGUAAAUGAUGUAAAAAUAUUUUGUAGAUGUUAUUUAUUGAUUCUGUGUUAAGACUGAAUAAAAUGUCUUAUCAAAAA